UUAGAACCUCCAGCAAAACUUCAAAUUUGUUCGCAAUGUGACAAAGUGGCAUCACUGUUGACCAGGCACCACCAUUCAUCCUAGUCAAAUCAGCCAUGAGUGGCAUGCAGCAUUUUCGUUUGUGCCGCAUGAAUAUAAAAAACAAACGCCGACAAAAGUUUAUAAAAACUUCUUGGUCUCCAAAGCGUCUCCUUGUCCGUCGGUGUCCGGAAGAAUAAGUCUGCCGAAAACAGCCCAAGAAUAAUGUCAGCCAAGCCAAACAUGGCAUCAUCCCUACAAAUGAUACCGGGAAGACAAGCGACUUCGACACCACUUGACAAUUUUUAUGCCAUCCCCUUCAAAGCUGUCUCCCCAUGCCGCCAUGGCAGUGUGUAUUUGUCGAGCAAUUUUUGGCUUCUUUCCGCAUUGAUUUCGUUGUGUCGCUUGACAAUUAUCUUUCUACCCUGGAGAAUUUGACACAGACCAAGUACACCAUACCCAUCCCAUGCUGGCGAUGAACACCAUUUAACCUAUUCCAAAUAGAGGGUAUUGUGACUUUGGAUUGAUGGAAAAACCAUUCCCGUAUUAUAGCAGCCACACAUAAAUUUCAUUGAUUCCAUGUUCCAUGCUUCAUGGGGAAAAAGUGGCCGCCAGCAAGGUAAGCAGCUAGCUUUGCAUGUAUGUGCCAAUUGGUUAGUUUUUUCCAAAACUUGGGAUAUACGUACCAAUGUUCGACUCAACGAAAACGUUUUGUAUACAAACACCUUUUCUGCCUUCAACAUGCCACCCUUUUGCAUUCCCAUUUGGCCAGCAUUAGCUUUGAGUGGCUGCUUUCAGAUCCACAGCAUUGGUCAACACGAAUUGAACACCCUACACGCCUGCGGUAACGUGACCAUGAAUUUUAUUACUUUUAACAUUUUCAAUUGGUCCAUGGGCUGUAUGGAUAUCGGAACGGGAGGCAUACAAGCGGUAGAGCCCAAUCAUGAGGUUGUGAAUUCAAAUGAAACCGAGAAGCCACCAGAAAUUGAAUUGGUUACCAGCAAUUUUAGAAGAAGUAAAAACUUUACUUAAAAUGUA